AUGGUGAGCACGAGACACCACCCAAAAGACUUUCCACCACCCGCGACGCCGUCGAGUGCAAGCGAUAGCACGAAAGAUGCCGUGCGCUCGUCAUCAACGCCAUCACACGGUUCUCGCAAAGGCGUCCACACUCCGUCCAUGAUCGUUUUGGCCUGGCUCGUGAUUUCUGUGCCCCUGGUUAUUUGGGAUACCGGUUAUGUUCUCUUGCGACCGCAUAGUAUGCCGGGUGGGAAGUUUCAUUCGCCUAUUUGGACACCCUACGCGUUGUAUGGAACUAUCGACUACGUCUAUGGUUGGCCUGCUUAUGAUGCGCGAAAUGGAUUCACUGCUGCACAAGGCUUGUUGAAUUUGUUCGAAACUGCUGCAUAUAUUCUUUACCUGGCGGUCGUCUAUUUCUAUGGUUCUACGGCGACCAGUUCUGGUCGCGCAUCGGCAAAGAAGGUCAGAAAGAGUCUCCUAUGGUUCUUAUUUGAAGAGAAAGUGGUUCCAGGGCGCAUUGGAUCACUUGCGCUUCUUAUUGCGUUCAGUAGCAGCGUCGCUACGUUUAGCAAGACAAUUCUAUACUGGUUCAAUGAACUCUUUUCCGGAUUUGCAAAUAUUGGUCACAACAAACUUUUCGACUUGAUCUUUUUGUGGAUCCUUCCAAAUGGUCUAUGGAUCAUUUUCCCAGCAUACAUGAUCUACGUCUUUGGAGGAGAGAUCUUGUAUGCGCUAGAGAGUUCGGCUCCACGGCCGCUAGUAGGACGUCCCAAGAGUCAGUAA